UAUAACAGUAUUGAAAAUUUUAUAAAAAAACAAAAAAGUUGAUAUUAUCGAUCGUUUCUCUGUACGAAGAAUAACGUUAUCGAUUCAUACUGUAACUGUAAUUCGCGUUUUCUCCACUAGGGGUCAUCUCUAUCAAUUGUUAACGGUCAGUGAAGAAGCGACUUUCAAAACUGACGCGUACGGUUGCUCAUGUGGAUCAAACGUUUCAUUCAGCCGUUUGUGUAUUAUUGGUCACGUUCAACGGACCGCCAAGUGUUAUAAGCCGGUGACAUGUUCAUGGAGUAUUAAUUCACAAGAAGAAACGACAAAAUAACCACAAGAAUGACGUCGUUGACACUUUUAGCUACCUACGACGAGCUGGUGAGAUGUUCGAACGUUUUGAUUAAUGGAGCCUGCGAAGAAGAAUUCCUGCAAUUUGCUUUAAAUCAAGAGGAAAUGAGGCAGAAAUGGCUGGCGUCGGUGCAAGAAUGCCAACGACUCCACUCAGACUUGGACAAGGCUCACAAUGAGAUUGCAAGUCUUGAUAGAAAACUGCGGCAUGCAAGAAGAAACUUGGAGGAAGAGAAACGCAAGUGUCGCGCUUUUGAGGAACAGAGGGAUUGUUUGGUGAAACAAAUUGAUACAGCUAGAGAUAUCUUGUUUAAUGACAGAGGGAGAAGUCUUAAUGAAGAAACAAGAGAGAAAUUACAAUUUCUUAAUAACACUUCAUUGAAUCGUCAAAAUAACACACGCAAUAUUUAUGAUGUGCCCAUUGAUAAACUUAACACAAUACCGGAGUUAAAUUCCACUGGCUCGUUAUUGAGUGAUCUUAACUGUCUAUCCAGAUCGGAAGACGAUUUGGAGACUAGUGCUAUUUUGCAAGGGCAAAAGAAACGUGAAUGGAAAGAACAUCGCCCCAGCAGCGAAUAUUCGAAGAAGCAUCGUCGUAGCGCAUUGCACAAGAGUACGGAAUUGAACUCCUCUGAUAGAAUAGUCGCAACUACUACCGUAGUAAUGCCGAAAGAAGGUACAAUCACCGCGUCCUCUACAAUCGAGGCCAUACCUGGCGAUGAGAACGCAGAUCCUCAGAUUCCCCUGCACAAUUCACGCAAGCGGCGCAAGAGCAGUACAGAACACAAUAAAUCAAAAUUAUCGCACAUUGACACAAACGAAGUACCAAUCGAUAUAGCGCCAUCAGCACCAAAAGCUGAGAUUAUUACAUCAACUUCAGAUUCAGAGGACAUCUAUAAACCAAGUCCAAACAUUGGUGGCUACACCAUGAAUAUAAAAAUGUCCAGGAGUCAUAUUUUUGAAGGCAAAACUGUUUUCAAGUCGGAAAUAUGCACUUCUUGUGGGAAAAGAAUUCAAUUUGGAAAAUACAUGCAGAGAUGCAAGACUUGUAGAGCUAUGGCUCACCCCCAUUGUAAAGAUUUAGUACCAUUGCCAUGUAUCCCAACAGGAAAUACACCCACAUUAAAUGGAAUUCCCGGCACUAUAGCUGACUACACACCUUCAAUACGACCCAUGAUACCUUCCAUAGUAGUUCACUGCAUUAACGAGAUCGAAUUACGUGGAAUGAACGAGCAGGGAUUGUACAGAGUGAACGGAGCAGCCGCCGAUGCCAAGUGUCUCAAAGAAAAAUUUUUGAAGGGCAAAGGUGCUCCAAAUCUAUCUAACGUUGAUAUCUCAACCAUUUGCUCUACUUUAAAAGAUUUUCUCAGAUCAUUACGUGAGCCGCUAAUCACUGUCGGUUUAACGAAAGAUUUUGUACGUGCAACGCAACAAACAGACAAACAGGACGUUGACCGUGAUCUUUAUCAAGCAAUAUCGCUGUUGCCGCCACCAAACAAAGAUACUCUGGCUUUUCUAAUGCUUCAUUUACAGAGAGUAUCGAGUAGCGCAGAAUGUAAGAUGCCUAUUAGUAAUCUCGCCAAAGUUUUCGGACCGACUUUAGUCGGUUACAGUUCCCAGGAACCAUCUCUCGACCAUCUACUGAACGAAACUAAACAUCAAGUCGCGAUAGUGGAGAGUUUACUUCAAAUACCAUCUGAUUAUUGGGCAACUUUCUUGAAUCCUACAAAUUCAAAUGGCAUUUCUACUCCGAAAAGAGGAGAAUUGAAGCAUACACCAUCCACAGAGUCGCUUCUCAAACGCAGUAUCUCCCGCAGUUUCUUCAAUACUCCUCUCACUUCCAGUCGUGCUCAUAUGAGGAAAAACAAGAAAUUCUUUGCCACACCACCGUCUAGAAUAGGAAACUAAUAAGCAAACAUUUUUUUUAAUUAUUUGUUAUAUUAUAAUAACAAUUUAUAAUAUGAUUACAUAAGAAAUAUUCUGAUAUUUAAUGUACUUAUAUGUAUUCUUUUGUAAAUAUAUAUCAACAUACAAUAAA